AUGACGCAGGGCGAGACAGACAUUUUGGUUGAUCAAGGCAGUCAACCUGACAGUUGGCCGUCGGGGCCCUCGCAAUGGUGCGUUGGAAAUGUUGGGACCAGGGUGGCUGGAAUUUGUGGCAUCCUUGGUGUGGUUUGUUGGGCAUUGGCGCUGCUGGCAGGAUGGGCUCUGUGGAGCCCAGAAGAGGCAGCAUCCUCGCCUGCCUCGCUAACACGGACUUCGGACCCUGGCGGCGGAUCUCUGGACCUCAGUGAGCUGAUGGAGCUCUUCACGGCCAUGAAGGCGCACCCCGUCGGUGCUCAGGCCCUUGCAGAUGCGAAUCGCUCGUUUGGCUUGAAACGCGAUGGCCUGGGACGAAGAAUGUGGGAAGAUCUCCCUGUUCCGGUCUUGUCUGACUCGGCCGAUGUUCCCCGAUUUGUGCAGGUGAUUGCGAAGUUACCAGAGCCCCGAGUGCUGGCUGAAGAUGCGACUUUGACUGAUUUGACGCCGGCUCGAAAGCCUACAAAGCCUACCAGACACCUCUCCGAAAGAGCACUGCUGAGGCAGCUUUCUGAGAUGCUGAACCCUGAAGCGCGGCCGCCGACGUCCGACAUCUUUAGCCCGGAAUCCCUCAAAGCCUUUGACGGGACCACCUGCUUCUUCGACGUAUACCAGUCGCUGCAAUAUGUUGCCUACGCCGGGCUUAUGAUCUACUACAGUACCAUCGCGACGACAGAUGUGGAUCUUUCAGCUGACGUUACAGGUGUUCAAGCAUCCGUCGCUUGGGUUGCCUCGUAUCUGGCCUCCGCUUUCAGCACCUGCGCUGGAGGACUGGUCCCUGGAAACUGCGUUUCAAACGUUGCGUGGACAGCUGGCAAUUUCCCUCAGCUGGCUUCUGAUGCUCUGUCCAUCGUCGGCGAUUGCAGUGGCAACCAAACUGAACGGUUCGAGACUUCUGAUGACCCGCUGCGUCAAUUCAAUGGUACGGGUACGAGGAUUCAAGAGCUGAAGGCCUUGCUGCGGAAGAUUCGCCAGAGGCGCUCUCGGCGGCAGUUUCUGAAGCAGUUCAAGCCUAAGCCGCUCCGGCGGCGUUUCGGCCGGAGCCUGCGCACUCGGGGCUCUCCGGCUAAUGCCAUCUGGGAGGCGGCACAAGCAAGCUGCUUCUUUGAUUCCCAGGCCAUGAUCAGCUUCUUCGCCAGGUUUGGCCUGCAGGUUGUGGAAGAGAUGAAAGAAUGCAUUGCCGUGGACACGGAGCCAGCGAAGCGGGAGUGUGCUUGGGGGAUUAUCUAUGCCAUCGAUAACUUCGGGUGGGCGAUCGAGUACAUCUUGCAGAGCAUCAAUGACUGCCAACAAGAAGGCAAUGUGGAUGUGCUGUGUGCUGAAUCUAUUGCGGACAUUGUGUUCUCAGGAACCGGCAUGAUGCCGGCGGUCGCCUGGGCAUAUCGCGACUGUCAAAAGCCGUUCCCCAUAGCCUGA